GCCCGAGCGGGCACCUCGGUGUUUACACGGGGCGGCCCCGCGCGCGCCGCAGCAGCCCGCAGACGGCGAGGGGGAGGGGAGCGCGCGCGCCUUCGGGGCCGCGCGGGGAGAAAGACACUGGAAGGCGGCGGCGGGCGGGCAAGCGCGCGCGGGGCCGCGGAGGAGCUCCAGGCCGCGACCGGAGCCCUCGGGGACCUGCGAGGCUCAAGUACUCGGCCCAGCAAAACAAUGCGCGGCGCGCGGCGGAGCUCUCUUGGCCCGGGGCGACGGGGACGCGCCGAGCCCGCCUGAGCCCGCGCCGCUAACCUCCCCCCGCACAGACGGUCCGAGCGCUGGGCGCCGCGCUCCCAGCUCGCGGGGGCCGGGCCCAGCCGCGGGGCGGGGCCGCCCCUCCGUCGCCGCUGCCUCCUCCCCCACCGCCGCCGCGGAGGAUGCGGACGGCCCCCGGCGGCGUCUAGCGGCCCGGGCCCGGCGCGAUGGUGCAGCAGCGGGGCGCGCGGGCCAAGCGGGACGGCGGGCCGCCGCCCCCGGGGCCCGGGCCGGCCGCCGAGGGGGCGCGCGAGCCCGGCUGGUGCAAGACCCCGAGCGGCCACAUCAAGCGGCCCAUGAACGCGUUCAUGGUGUGGUCGCAACACGAACGGCGAAAGAUCAUGGACCAGUGGCCCGACAUGCACAACGCUGAGAUCUCCAAGCGCCUGGGCCGCCGCUGGCAGCUGCUUCAGGACUCGGAGAAGAUCCCGUUUGUACGGGAGGCGGAGCGGCUGCGCCUCAAGCACAUGGCGGACUACCCGGACUACAAGUACCGGCCUCGCAAGAAGAGCAAGGGGGCGCCCGCCAAGGCGCGGCCCCGCCCCCCCGGAGGCGGCGGCGGUGGCGGCAGCCGGCUGAAACCCGGGCCGCAGCUGCCGGGCCGCGGGGGCCGCCGAGCGACGGGAGGGCCUCUGGGGGGCGGCGCGGCGGCGCCUGAGGACGACGACGAGGACGAAGAGGAGGAGCUGCUGGAAGUGCGCCUGCUGGAGACCCCCGGGCGCGAGCUGUGGAGGAUGGUCCCGGCGGGGCGCGCCGCCCGCGGACCCGCGGAGCGCGCGCAGGGGCCAUCCGGAGAGGGGGCGGCCGCGAGCGCCGCCUCCCCGACCCUGUCGGAGGACGAGGAGCCCGAGGAAGAGGAGGAGGAGGCUGUUACAGCAGAAGAGGGCGAAGAGGAGACGGUGGCGUCGGGGGAGGAGCCGCUGGGCUUUCUGUCCAGGAUGCCCCCGGGCCCCGCCGGCCUGGACUGCAGCGCCCUGGACCGCGACCCGGACCUGCUGCCCCCUUCGGGCACGUCACACUUCGAGUUCCCGGACUACUGUACCCCUGAGGUUACCGAGAUGAUCGCAGGGGACUGGCGCCCGUCUAGUAUCGCCGACCUGGUUUUCACCUACUGAGCCCAUCGUCAGCGGGGCGCGCACGCCCCCAAACCAGCUGUUUACAUACAGGAAUCAGGUAUUGGGGCCCCUCGGAGGCCGAGGCUGGCACCCCAUCUCCCGCGCAGCCUCCCCCCUCCUAGUCGUGCCCAUCCCCCCACAGAUCCAGACAUACCCCUCCCCCGCAGACACACCCCAAGGCAGCCCAACCCCCACCUUCUCCCUGACAUCUAAGCCCCUCCCAUCCAGUCUUGUCCCGCGUAGCCACCAGCAGCCAGCCCCCCUCGGAUACACCUCCCAUUCCUCCUACAUACCUGAACCCCUC